AUGCGCACAGCCGGACAUGGCCUCACUACAAAUACACACGCCAGGAUGCUGUUCCUUAGCCUCCUCUUCCACGCUUCAGCCUGGCUAAAAGCCCGUCGCUCCAAUUCCAUGCUGUCGCAAGUGGACCGCUUCCUUGGGGCUUCUCCCUGCAUGGACGUCCGCAUCCACCUCUGCAAGGAGUCUUCUGCAGAUGCCGUCGCGGGCCAGGUCGUUCUCGCCUCCGACUCGCAGCUCGACAUCGCCACGGUCGCAAUCAGGCUAUCGGGGUCCGCGACGUCGAGAGUGCACUCUGGUCGACUGACCGAGUCGCAUCAGCUCUUCAAUACAUCCGAGCAGCUGUUCCCGCCUAGUAAAUGCGCCAACUCUUUUACCUGCAAAAAUGUCACUCUACCUCCAGGAGAGCAUGUCUUUGCAUUCUCAAUCAAGCUGCCCCAGACGACGCAACACCACAGGACAAGCAAACGGUCGCAACUGCCACCAUCCACAGGCGACAAAUCGUCCCCAGAGGAAAUCAAAUACGUCCUCGAAGCAACAGUCCGCCGAAACGGCCGCGGUCUCCUCCAUGGCGGUCGCAAAGCUACCCGGGACAUAAACAUCUACUCUCAACCCACCACAACUCUCCCCUCAAAUACGCAAAUCCAAACAGAAACGAGGAGAAUCACCUCCAGCGCAGGAGGUACGGAGCCUUCAUCAAUCUGCGAGGCCAGCGCAAAGCUCCUCAACGGCCCGUUCCUCGUGCUCAACAACCCAAUCCCGCUCUCCGUGGAACUCACCAACAUCAACAGCGACGACAUCUAUCUCCACGACUUCCAGUCCAUGCUCUUCGAAACAACCGAGGUGCGCGCCAAGGGACACUCGGAAUCGCACACCCGGUCGUGGGUCGUGCAGACAAUGGCGAAUCUGCAACAACCGUUUGUGCCUGAGAUUCGAGAUAGCGGCGGGGGGAAUGGGGAGGAACUGGUCUUCAGCCUGGAUAGGAGUCUAUGGGGCCGAUAUCUCAUUCCGCCCUUUCUGGCACCGACGUUCGAGACGUGUAAUAUCCGUCGCGGCUAUAGAUUGGAGGUCCGGCUGGGGGUUUCAUUUGGGGGGAGUAACAUACGGAUAGUCGAGUUCCAGUUCCCUGUUCACGUUGUCUCGCUUGGGGGUUCUUCGCUGCCUCCUGGGAUUGACAUGGAGGUGCCGGCGCCGGAGUACAGGGAGAAGGAGCUGGAGGGGUUGAGUGGGGUGUAG